UAGGUCAAUUGCCGACGGUUGUUUACAAAUUGGUCGCCUGCCGACACCCGACACCUGCAAAUUACCUCAUCCUCGGCCGACCGGGCAAGCUCCAACCAUGGGCUUCACCACGGGAUUUACCGGCGGUGUCACCGUCACCCUAUCCCUCGCCUACCUCUCAGUCCUCGCCCACCAGCGCACCCGCGAACAGCAGGGCAACAUUCUCCGCUCCCAAGCCCUUGUCCUACAGGGCCUCGUCGAACCCUUUCCCCCGCUGCCACCACCUACGCGGUCCGAAGUCGCUGCUGCCCAGCGAGAAACCACCAUCGAGGUCGCCAAGGACCGAUGGAACCACGAGAUCCAGAACGCCGUACGAUGGGUACAGAAAACCGACUGGGUCCAGGUGCGAGAAGGCCUGGAAGAGCGCACCUUACAACUGCUGGGCAUCACCCCUGCCGAGGCUUCUGAAGCCGUGGCCCAGGCAGAGAAGAAGUUUGCGAAGGAGGGAGCUCAAGUUGCCGCUGUUGCCAAGGAAGCUUUCGAGAAGGCCAAGGUAAAGGGCCAGGAGGUCAUUGCUGCUACGUUGGAGAACGGCAAGGACGUUAUUAACAAGGCUGAGGGCGGCACUGUGCCAACCCUGAGCCCCGUACAAAUGGCUCUGAACCAGCGAUUUGAGAAGCCCGAGGUGCAGGUGAAUCAGUCAGUGGAAGAGGCCCUGAAGGAGCGGUAUACGCCGAUGAACAAGAGGGACAACUCGGUGCUGAGGGGAGUGUAGAAUGUCUGACGAAGGAGCGUUCCUUGCGUUGAGUGAUUACUGUACAGCUGUACAUUGAUUGUGUACCACCAUUCCUAGAGUUGCUCUAAUAGAUGCGGGCUAGAUGACUUCAUCGACCACGAGUCGGGACAUUGGAGUGAAUGCGUGCUGGGCAAUUGGCCAUGUGUAAAUCAUUGCUAGGUCAUAGUCUAUAUUUUGAGGACGAUGCUGGUCAGAAAAACGCAAAUAUCAAUAUGACUAUGGACAUGUCCACUCCUG